GGGCUGUCCGAUAAAUAACCGACCUCAACGUGAAGCUAGCGCCACAUCUGGAAAAAAAGUUUCUACUUCAAAUUGUGCAUAUUAUAUAUAAUAGCUACUCGCCAAAAUUUCAGAAAUUUAUCUUGCGCAAUUAUCUGUUGACAGUCGUUUUUGUGAGUCUAUUUCGUUGAUUUCCCCAAAAUGGAAAAAAUUGAAUAUCCAGCUGUAAUUAAAUUUUUAUUUUUGAAAGGUAAUACGCCUUCACAAAUCAAAGAUGAGUUGGACUCUGUGUAUGGUGACUCUGCACCAUCGUAUACCACCGUAAAAUUUUGGGCAGCUGAAUUUAAACGUGGUCGCAGGAGCUUGGAAGAUGAUGAACGUCCUGGGCAUCCAAAAACUGUAACCACUAACGAUAACAUCGCUAAAGUUCAUCAAUUGGUACUAGACGACCGCCGGAUUAAAGAUAGGGAAAUAGCUGAGAUUAUGAAGAUGUCAAAAGAAACUGUUUGUCACAUAUUAAACCAAGAUUUGGGCAUGAGAAAGCUGUCCGCGCGUUGGGUGCCGCGUUUGCUUACGCUAGACCACAAACGUGCGCGCAUGAAUAUUUCCAGCGCUCUGUUUGGCUCAGUUUAGAGGCAAUAAGACCGAGUUUUGGCGCCGAUUGAUAACUGUAGACGAAACUUGGAUUCAUCAUUAUACGCCCGAAACAAAAAACCAAUCUAAACAGUGGAUUGAAAAACGGGAACCAGCCCCAAAAAACCUAAAGCUGUGUAUUCGGCUGGGAAAGUGAUGGCGAGUGUUUUUUGGGACAGCCAUGGAAUUAUUUUUAUCGACUAUCUUGAAAAAGGAAAAACUAUAACAGGAGCAUACUACGCAUCAUUAUUGGACAAGCUAAAGGAAGAAAUUUCGAAAAAUCGGCUACAUUUGCAAAAAAAGAAAGUCUUAUUCCACCAAGACAACGCACCAUCUCACACCUCAACAGUCGCCAUGGUGAAAAUCCACGAAUUGCGGUUCGAACUGCUUGACCAUCCACCUUAUUCACCGGAUCUAGCACCAAGCGACUUUUUUUAGUUUCCUCAACUUAAAACUGCGCUCGGCGGCCAGAGAUUUUCGUCAAAUGAGGAGGCAAUCUCUUUCGUGAACUCGUAUUUUGCAGACAAAGACGCCAAGUACUAUUUGGAAGGGUUGCAGAGAUGGGAGCAUCGCUGGGAGAAGUGUGUGGAGUUACAAGGAGACUAUGUAGAAAAAAAAAAAAUUUGAAAAAGUCGCGUGCAUCAUGGUUAGGUCGGUUAUUUAUCGGACAGGCCUCGUAUUGCUUUCGUCGCAACAAGCGUUGACAGUUUUUUGUUUCAUUAGUAUUUGUACUCGUCGCGUUCGGUUUUUUUUUUCAGUGGCUCACAAAUUGAGUGAUUCCAUGAUUUCUCAAUUUAUAAACUACGAUAUAAGUUCUGAAGAUGAAAUAAUAAGUGAAACAGAGAAUAAUUCCGGUGGAAAUCCUACGGACAAUAUUCACCCUAAUUGGAACAUUGGAAGUAGUAGUGACGAAUCUAGUAGCAAUGAAGUACCUCUUUCAAGAUAUAUGACCAAUAAUAGUGUUAGUGAAAAUGAAAUCCGAUCAAAAAAUGGUGAAUUUGUGUGGUCGAAAAUCUCAUUAGAAGGAAGAGGUCGUUUGGGCAGCGCAAACCUAAUAAAACUUACACCAGGAAUUACCAGAUAUGCUUCUAAUCGCAUCAAUACAUUUAGAAGCGCUUUUGAUUUAUUUAUAAACAAACGCAUAAAAUCUAUAGUUUUGAAACAAACAAACAUGGAAGAAUCUUCACGGUUUGGAAAUGAAUGGGAUUCGAUGGAUGAAAUAGAGUUAGAUGCAUAUCUAGGUCUUCCUAUAUUUGCUGGCGUUUUCAAGUCUAACUAUGAAAGCCUCGACAGCUUGUGGUCUGAAGUUUAUGGACGACCUAUAUUUCGAGCAACAAUGUCCCUAAAACGGUUCAAAAAAAUUACCGCCAUUUUGCGUUUUGAUAAACGUUCGGAUCGAGAAGCAAGGAGGCAGAGUGAUAAAUUACCAGAUAUAAGAGAUGUAUGGGAUGAAUGGGCGACACUAUUGCCUAUGUACUAUAAUCCGAAUACAAAUAUCACAAUUGAUGAACAGUUACUUUCAUUCAGAGGUCGGUGUCCUUUUCGUCAACAUAUGCCAAGUAAACCGAAUAAAUACGGCAUAAAAUUUUGGAUUUUGUGUGACAGUGAAACAGGAUAUGUUCGUUCAAUUCAAUGCUGUACCGGAAAACUUCAAGGAAAUGCUCCGGAAAAAAAUCAAGGAAUGUGUGCUGUUUUAGAUCUGACAGAGGGCUUACAAGCCUACAAUCUGACAUGUGAUAAUUUUUUUACAUCAUAUGAAUUAGCCGAAACACUUUUAGACCGUAAGCUUACCGUUCUUGGAACUUUACGGAAAAAUAAACCACAGAUACCAUUGAAUCUUUUGGAUACGAAGAAACCAGUGUUUUCAUCCACAUUUGCAUUCAAUUCAAAAAUGGUUCUUGUCUCAUAUAUUCCGAAAAAGAACAAAAACGUAAUUUUACUCAGUACAAACCACAAUAAGAUUGAAAUACAUGAUUCAGAGCAGAAAAAACCUAAAACGAUCAUGGACUAUAACGCAACUAAGGGAGCUGUUGAUUUUCUAGACAAAAUGGUUUCGGCCUAUAGUUGCAAACGUAUGACAAGAAGGUGGCCUGUAGCCAUAUUUCAUAAUAUGAUUGAUAUCUCAUGUUUCAAUGCUUACGUAUUAUAUUGUGAUACCAAUCCUGAUUGGAAACAAAAGAGUAAAAUACAAAGACGUCUGUUUUUAGAAAAACUGGGCAUGGAAUUGGUCAAUGAUCACAUUGAUCGUAGGAAAACGUUUCCUCGGACAAAUGCAUCGCUGGAAUUAGUACAACGAAUGAAGACAGGUGUUACUGAGACAACAGCUACUUCCAGUGCACAGAAUUCACUCUGUAUUGCGUAA